GUAACUAACAACUUAUUUGAUCUGCCAUGAGUGUCGUGCAGGGCAUAGUCUGUAGGCCGUCGACUUCUGGAGAUGUUAUUGUUCUAGCGAAUUGUGAGCUUGAGGUAGCUCAGCCAUCUAGUAAUUCUUCUACAGCGAUUCCAUCGGAAUAUCUAGCCGCGAAAAUUAUCGAAAAACGGGCACAACUUCAUUUCAAUAAUGAUGGCAAGAUCGAGAUUGAUGGAUAUUUCAUCCACUAUGCUGUGUCAUUAGAUGGACCUGGUCCGCUGAUCUACGCUUGUGUUGCUGAACCCGAAGUGCCAUCAGAUCGGGCACAGCAGUUCUUACUUAACGUCAAAACAGCCGUCUUAGAACAGAACGACUUGCUGGGAAGCCUUCGGACAUUAGGGGAUCAUGCUUUACAGCAACAAAUCCAUCCGAUUCUACAGCAUUUGAUGAUGGCAGAAAACAACACUCAGAGACCUCCACAUGAUACGCGCAUCGAAGAUAUGCGCCGUCAAGUGGAUGAAGUGAAAAAUGUGAUGGCGGCUAAUGUUGCAUCCCUAAUGGAACGAGGUGAACGACUAGACAGCAUUGAAAGACGUACGGAUGAGCUGCAGGCUUCGGCCGGAAACUUCAAGAUGACGGCUCAUCGAGUGCAACGAAGAAUGUUCCUGACGAGUGCAAAAUGGACAAUCAUCUGCGUCCUUUUUGGCAUUGCCAUGAUCUGUAUAAUAAUUUUGCUCAUUCUCAAUGCAUUUGGAGUUUUCAAGAAGAAGUGACCUCCACAUGCACCCGUGCGCGUUCAAAUUGCCCAAAUAAUUGCAGAUCCAUUACCGUCAUCCAUUAGUUGUACAGUACAUUUGUAAGUUUUAUUGCUCUGUGAUCCACCCCUGAUCCUUUCCUUUUAUUAACAAAUGUGAAGAACUAACUGUAAAAUUUGUCCGGUCUAUUUUAUACGUCGUCUUAUGAUUGAAGAGGUUUUUGUAAAACCGAUUCACUUAUUUUGUGCUCAAUCAACUAACAGCUUUGUUAUUUUUAUUUU